CAGAAACACUUCAGUGGGAGAGCUCUGGUCCCUCCUGACAGCAGUGGGAGCCGACUGAAGGAGAAAACGUACACCUGCGGCGAGCUGUACCCUCAUCCCCCAUGGCUGCAUGAAGACUGGCACCCACCAUGUCCACUGGGCCCCCAGCUCCAGCUCCGCCAGAAUGCAGCGCCUGCUGCACCCUCUCGUGGUGUCCCUCCUCCUGGCAUCCGUGUGUGGGAACCUCGGCCCUCGGGGUCAGCUUGAUGGCAGAGGGGGAGACCCCGAGUCUGCGGACCCCCGGUGGGGGCAGCUGAAGAGUGGAAACCUGAGCAGACCCCUCCUGCCUGCCGACUUCCACAAGGAGAACACAGUCACCAACGAGUGGAUCACGGACGGGGAAGAGGACGAGGACUACCUGGACCUGGAGAAGAUCUUCGGGGAGGAUGACGACUACAUCGACAUCGUGGACGCGGUCUCGCCCGUGGAUCCUGGGACUGGCGCCGGCAGCGUGCUCCAGCUCUUCCCGGGCAAGAGCCGCAUCCAGCGGCUCAACCUCCUCAACGCCAAGUUCGCCUUAGACCUCUACCGGGCGCUGAAGGAGCGGGUCGGUGCCUCAGACAAUGUCUUUCUGGCGCCUGUAGGUGUGUCCGCAGCCAUGGCCAUGCUCUCCCUGGGCCUGCGGGGGGACACCCACGAGCAGGUACACGUUGCCCUGCGCUUCGCCGACUUUGUCAACGCCAGCACCACAUACGAGCUGGGCACUGUCCACAACCUGUUCCGGAAGCUGACCCACCGCCUCUUCCGGAGGAAUUUCGGGUACACGCUGCGGUCCGUCAGCGACCUGUACAUUCAGAAGCAAGUUCCAGUCCUGGACGACUUCAGAGCCAAGGUCCGACAGUACUACUUCGCCGAGGUCCGGGCGGCUGACUUCUCUGAUCCCGCCUUCAUCUCCCAAACCAACCAGCACAUCUCGCGGCUCACCAAGGGCCUCAUAAGAGACGUGCUGGAGGACAUGGACCCCGCGACUCAGAUGAUGCUCCUGAACUGCAUCUACUUUAAAGGGUCCUGGGUGAACAAAUUCCCAGCGGAAAUGACACACAACCACAACUUCCGGCUGAACGAGCGAGAGGUGGUCAAGGUCCCCAUGAUGCAGACCAAGGGGGCCUUCCUGGCGGCAAGCGACCAGGAGCUGGACUGCGACGUCCUGCGGCUGGAGUACAUGGGGGGCAUCAGCAUGCUGGUGGUGGUCCCGCACAAGCUGUCCGGGAUGAAGACCCUCGAGGCCCAGCUGAAGCCCCAGGUGGUGGAGAGAUGGCAGAAGAGCAUGACAAACAGGACACGGGAGGUACUCCUGCCCAAGUUCAAGCUAGAAAAGGACUACAACCUGGUGGAGGCCCUGCGGUCCCUGGGGGUCACAGCGCUGUUCGACAGGAACAGCAAUAUGACAGGGAUCUCGGACCAGAGGAUCGUCAUCGACCUGUUCAAGCACCAAGGCACCAUCAUGGUGGACGAGGAAGGCACACAGGCUGCGGCCGUGACCGCCGUGGGGUUCAUGCCAUUGUCCACCCAGGUCCGCUUCAGCGUCGACCGGCCCUUCCUGUUCCUUGUCUAUGAGCACCGCACGGGCUGCCUGCUCUUCCUGGGCCGGGUUGCCAACCCCACCAGGUCUUAGCGGUGGAGGCCGGGGCGUCUCGAGUGCUCUGGGGCAUCCGCAAUUCCAUUUCCCUUCCAACAAUGACCACGAGGUGCUGGGGCGGUGACCCCGUGGCUCAGGCCACCUUUCUGGGAGACAUGGAUGAAGGACCGCGAUGCUUGCCACCAGCAGGGCUGCACAGCCCAGAGGUCACCGCAGCUGCAGCACGGUGGCUGUCUCCUAGAGGGUGUCGGCGCCAGACAGACCGGCUCCCUCCACCUCUCACAGCACACCCCUCCCCGGGCCCAGAAGCCCCCCUCCCCUACUCUGUCACCCAAAGCCUUUCCCCCCCAGGGCUUCCCACCUGACAGGGAACACGGGCAGGAGCUGCCCCCUCCCCAGAGUGCUGACAGCGAGCCCCCUCCCCAAGGCCCGGGAUGCCCUGGCCUCGGGCUCAGUCCUCUCAAGGCCCAACCUCCUGAAUUGAGGCUAAAUGUCUCUGCACCUGCUUUCACCUCACGGCCGCCCAGAGGACGGCAUGUAUCCGUAGCCAUGCCUUCCACCCUAGAGAUAAAUAAAUAUCGCCACUUUUA